UUCCCUCUGCUCUCCUCCUCCUCGGCCGCGCAUGCGCACUGCGCUGUAUCCGGGUCCUGCGCUCUCGGUCGGCGGGAAAUGGCGCCCGGGAUUUAGCGUCCACGGCCCGGAGACACCAAGGAGGCCGGAGCCCGGGACAUCUUGAGGGGCUCAGCUCGGCCUAGGGACACCCCGACACCUCCUCCGGAGAGCACCGGGCAGUGCAGCUUUUAUGUGGCGCUUAUAAAAAUGAGGCUGAGAACGCGGAAGGGGUCUCCGCGCAGCAGUCACGGGCCAGCUGGCCGCACUGCACGUAGCAAGAGGAAGCACUCUGAGGAGGAGGAGGAAGAGGAGAGCUCUGCUUUGGGACAAGAGAAACUGCCUAAACCAGACACCGGUUUACUCUCUACAAUAAAAAAUUUCAUCAAAGGCAGUACACCCAAGGAAGAUCGAGAGAAUCCUGCAAAAAGAAGCCGGGUGGAGCGCGAUCUUGAUAAUAACCUCAUCACCUCAACUCCACGUAUUGUUGACAAACCAAGCAAGCCCAUUGCACGUGUUAGGAGGAAAAGUCAAGUGAAUGGAGAAGCUGCAGGUUAUGAGGUGACAGCUCAGCAUGUAAAGCAGAAUGGGAAGUUGGAUGAUCUAUCUGGGCCAGGAAGCCCCCCCAGGACCACACUGCUGGGAACAAUAUUCUCUCCUGUCUUCAGCUUCUUUUCACCAGCAAAUAAAAAUGGAACGUCUGGGUCAGACUCCCCAGGUCAAGCGGUGGAAGCUGAAGAGAUUGUAAAGCAGCUAGACAUGGAACAGGUGGAUGAAAUUAGCACCAGCACCACCACUUCCACUAAUGGGGCCUCCUACCCCAGCCCAGGGGCGCCUGUGCGGACUACUGCUAACAGCUGGCUGGAGGGGGCUGAAGAAUCCCCUGAGAGAGACAUGCCACCUCUUACAGCACCAGUGUCCCCUGACAGCGGAUACUCCUCAGCACAUGCCGAAGCUGCUUAUGAGGAAGACUGGGAGGUCUUUGACCCAUAUUACUUUAUCAAGCAUGUUCCACCGCUCACUGAAGAGCAGCUCAACAGGAAACCGGCUCUUCCUUUAAAAACUAGGAGCACACCAGAAUUCUCCCUUGUCCUGGACCUGGAUGAAACUCUGGUGCAUUGCAGCCUCAAUGAACUGGAAGAUGCAGCCCUUACAUUUCCUGUACUUUUCCAGGAUGUUAUUUACCAGGUCUAUGUGCGAUUAAGACCUUUUUUUCGUGAGUUUUUGGAGCGUAUGUCUCAGAUCUAUGAGAUAAUCCUUUUUACUGCAUCAAAGAAAGUCUAUGCAGACAAAUUAUUGAAUAUAUUGGAUCCCAAGAAACGACUGGUCAGACACAGGCUGUUCCGCGAGCACUGUGUGUGUGUCCAAGGGAAUUACAUUAAGGAUCUGAAUAUCCUGGGAAGGGAUCUGUCUAAAACAAUCAUCAUUGAUAACUCACCACAAGCCUUUGCAUACCAGCUUUCAAAUGGGAUACCUAUCGAGAGUUGGUUCAUGGAUAAGAAUGACCAGGAGCUGCUGAAGCUUGUCCCUUUCCUGGAGAAGCUUGUAGAACUGAAUGAGGAUGUGCGACCUCACAUCAGAGACAGAUUUCGCUUGCAUGACUGCUUGCCCCCAGACUAGAAUUGACAGUAGUCACACCUGCAGGACCCCCCUGGACUAGGACAACAAUCAGAUACCUGCAGAGCUGCCGGACCCAAGGACUUGUACACAACCAUUUGCCAUAACUGCAGAAGGCAUUUCUUUUAUUUGUCUGGAAAGGGGGGAGGAAAUGGAACGGUUUCAUCGUGACAUAUUAUGACUGGUGUAAUGUCACCAGGCAGCUUCUCGUACUCCCAAUCAAUCACUUCUUGGAAAAACCCUUCACUGUCUGUAAGCCACAGGGCACAUCCUAUUCUCUGUCUAGUAGCCCGUCCAUGUCAACCGGAACAGCCAGUGAGAGUUUUUUUGGUUUUGUUUUGUUUUAUACCAUUUUUUGGAUUUAACCUCCCGAGCAUUGAACCAUAUUAGUUUAGUAUUACAUUAUCCAUUCCUUGUAUUUCAGUUGCUUCGGUUUGUUUUAGUAGCCAAACUAUUUUUUUUUAUCAUUUUUUUUUUUCCUUUUAUUGUAUUAUAAUAUUUGGCUGUUUUUAUUUUUCUGCUUGCAUAAUGUAUAUUUGUUUUUUUUAUUUUUGUUUUAAGAUAAAAUCUUAAGGUUCUCCAUGUAAACUCCAUUUUAGAAAUACAUAUAUAUAUUUUAUAUCAUCUGUAAUAAUCUAUCUUAGUAAUUUUUGUUUUUACACUUUUUACAAUUAAAAAGUGAUGCGCGUGGGGGAAUGUGGCAUUGUAUACAGAGACAAGAGGGGUGUACCUGUUUGUGGCUAAGUACAAAGUGGGGGUUGCCUAUUAGGCGAUGAGAGCAGGAACUCUAAUCUCACAAUCUUCCCUCUCUACCUGUCUGUUUGUACACACCGAUACAUGCACCUAUACUACACAGACCUAUAUGUAUAUUUAGGCCUCCCCCCUACCCCAUCCACAGCUCUGGUACUGACACAGCUGCUUCUGAAGGAUGGGUAUUUUUGUAUGAUGUGAUCCUCUAUCCCUGCAGGGAAGGGUUGUGGGAGGGGGUACGUGGGAAUGUUUUCUCCGGUGGGUGUACUUGUAAAUGUUUGGCUGUGCACUCGCAUUCAGACUGAAGAGACGGCACUUUUUUUUUUCCUUUAAAAAAAAACAAAAAACAUAAAAUAAAAAAAAAGGUUUGUAUUUUGUAAGCUUGUUCAGAGAGUACAGUAUUGGAAAUUAAAGAACUCUACAGAGGAGGCUGUUCAUCCUUUCUUUUGUUGUUUUUAUGUAUAUUACCUGUUUAACUGUAUGCCAUUUAUUGUAUAAAUUACACAUGGAUUCAUUUUCAAGUCACUCCUUAAAGUAAGGAGUUUUUUUUAGUAAGUUUUUAGGAAAACAUUUAAUUUUUGUAUUUUUGAUUUUAAAGAAAAAGCAUGAGUUCUGUCAUAUUUUCAGUGUAUUAAUGAAGAUUUUAACCUUUACCCUGGGUGGCUGUCUUAUUCCAUAGCAAUCUGUGUGUUUUAUUGGUGCAAUAUCAUGCAAUGGGUUUUGAAUGAACUGCUGAGGAACAUGGUAAUACAUAUGAUUGUUUUGUGAAAGGGAA